UUUUCCUUCUCUGCCAAGUAUCCUCCUGUGAUAUCUUCUUUGACGCUUGGAUGAUCAACGCAACGAUGAGUUGUUGUACGCCAGGAAAUUAUCGCUCUACUUUUUCCGCUGUUACUCCUCACUUCUUCUCGUUGGUUCUACAGAAUACCCUUCGAGACAACAGACUUCUGAUUCCAACAAAGUUUGUGAAGAAAUAUGGAGAAACCCUCUCCAACUCGGUGUUUGUUAAGCUUCCAUCUGGUUCCGAAUGGAAAAUGGAGUUGAGAAAAUCUAAUGGCAGGUUUUGUUUGCAAAAGGGUUGGCCUGAGUUUGUAAAGUAUUAUUCCAUAGGCUUUGGGCACUUUCUAGUUUUUAGAUAUGAAGGGAAUUCUAGAUUCCAUGCUUGCAUAUUUGAUACAACUACCGUCGAGAUCGAAUAUCCUCUUAUUCGGGCGCAUUCUGAUGGGCCUAAAAUAGAAGAAAUCAAAGAUGAUGGCUCUGUUGAAGUCUUGGAGGAUUUGUCACCAUAUCCCAGAAAAAGAAAGAGCUCUCCUUUACCAUGUUCUCAGCCCCACAAGAAAUUCAGAACCAGUCCCAUUGGCGAAACCGAGAUCAAAGGGACUCGAAGCAAUGAAAGGAUACUUAAGAAUUCAAUGAGGAAUGGAGAUUUACACCAUUCAAAGUCAAUGAGAGUUUCUGCUGAAGAUGGUAAUGGGGACAAAUCUAUCAUGCCAAGAUGGAGGCUAUCUGAGGUGAAAAGCUUUACUUACAAAGUUGUGAUCAAACCAUCUCAUGUCGGUAAAUAUUUUGACAUGUGUUUACCGCGGAAAUUUGCAGAUGGAUUUCUGAAGAAUAAAUGUCUUGAUGCGGUCCUUAAACUUUCCGAUGGAGGGACUUGGCCUAUAAGGUUCCGAAGUAGAAGGUGUGAUGAUGAAAGACGUAGAGGUGCCAGAUUUGAAAAGCCAAGUUGGGAGAAAUUUGCUCGAGACAAUAAUUUGAAAGUAGCGGAUACUUGUGUCUUUGAGUUGAUUAAUGGAAAUGAGAUGUCAUUUAAAGUUUCCAUUCUCAAAGCUGAUUUAGAUAGUCAUCCCUCUCAUGCUGGUAAUCAGGGCAGAACUAAUUCAUUGAAGCCAAAGAGAAUUGUAAAAGUCAAGACUGAGUGUGAUUGUACUAGCAAACAUCAAGAGGAAACUAAAGUUGAACCCGGCAAGUUUUGGCAAGGCCAGGUCACUCGUGUUCUGAAAUUUUCAGGAGAUUCUAGAGCCACUGAUGCAGCCAGCAGAUUCUCAUCGAAAAAUCCCUUCUUCAAAAAGCUAAUAACUUCAUCUUACCUCCAUACUCAGCGAUUACCAAAUUAUUUUGGGAGGAGUUAUUUUGGAAAGAAGACGCAAAAUAUAACACUACAGACGGGGAAGAAUUCGUGGAGUGUGACCAUCGUUUACAAUGCACCACAUUCCUACCUUUUUUCUCGUGGAUGGCCAACGUUUGCAAGGGAGAAUUCUUUGCGUCCAGGUGAUGUUUGUGUGUAUGAGCUGAUUAAAGAAAAUGACAUUGUGCUGAAAGUUACUGUUUUUAAGGAGUGAUGAUCUGUUAGUUUAGUGUUGUUACAAAUGACCUAAUUUCAGGCACUUUCUUGGACGGUAAUGUCUUUUUGUUUGGAUUUCCAGUCCGCAUGUGUGUUUAAGAAUGUAAAGAAAGUGUGUUUUAGGAUGUA